AUUUGUCGGGCACGAGCGGCAUGGAGGUGGACGACCGCGUGUCGGCGCUGGAGCAGCGGCUGCAGCUGCAGGAAGACGAGCUGGCCGUCCUAAAGGCGGCGCUGGCGGACGCGCUGCGUCGCCUGCGGGCAUGCGAAGAACAAGGCGCGGCGCUGCGUGCGAGGGGCACACCUAAGGGUCGGGCGCCCCCGCGCCUAGGCACCACCGCCUCGGUGUGUCAGCUCUUGAAAGGCCUUCCCACCAGAGCACCCCUCAAUGGCUCGGGACCCCCGCGGCGCGUGGGCGGCUAUGCAACUUCCCCAUCUUCCCCCAAGAAGGAGGCGAACUCCGGGCGCAGUGGCCGCCGCUACUUGUCACCAGAGCGCCUYGCCUCGGUGCGUCGCGAGGACCCCCGCAGCCGCACCACAUCUUCCAGCAGCAAUUGCAGCGCCAAAAAGGAAGGCAAAACCAAAGAAGCUAUCUUCAGCGUGGAGGAUGGCUCCGUCAAAAUGUUCCUGAGGGGCCGCCCUGUGCUCAUGCUAAUCCCAGACGACCUGGCACCCACCUACAGCCUGGACACCCGCUCAGAGCUGCCACCAUGCCGGUUCAAGCUGGAUUGGGUCUAUGGCUACCGUGGCCGCGACUGCAGGGCCAACCUUCACCUGCUGCCCACGGGGGAGAUCGUGUACUUCGUGGCCUCCGUGGCCGUGCUGUACAGCGUGGAGGAGCAGAGGCAGCGGCACUACCUGGGACACAAUGACGACAUCAAAUGCCUGGCUGUCCACCCAGAUAUGGUCACCAUCGCCACAGGACAGGUGGCAGGCACUACCAAGGAGGGGAAGCUGCUGCCACCUCAUGUGCGCAUCUGGGACUCGGUAUCCCUGUCCACCUUACAUGUGCUGGGCCUAGGGGUGUUUGACCGAGCCGUGUGCUGUGUGGGCUUCUCCAAAUCUAAUGGAGGCAGCCUGCUGUGUGCUGUGGACGAGUCCAACGAUCACAUGCUCUCCGUGUGGGACUGGGCCAAGGAGGCCAAGGUGGUGGAUAGCAAGUGCUCCAACGAGGCUGUGCUGGUGGCCACCUUCCACCCCACCGACCCCAGCCUGCUCAUCACCUGCGGGAAAUCCCACGUCUACUUCUGGACCCUGGAGGGCGGCAGCCUGAGCAAGAGGCAGGGCCUCUUUGAGAAACACGAGAAACCAAAGUACGUGUUGUGCGUGACCUUUUUGGAGGGUGGUGACGUGGUCACUGGAGACUCCGGGGGGAACCUCUAUGUCUGGGGCAAAGGUGGAAACCGCAUCACACAGGCCGUGCUGGGUGCGCACGAUGGCGGCGUGUUCGGGCUCUGCGCCCUGCGGGAUGGGACGCUGGUGUCCGGAGGGGGCCGCGAUCGGCGGCUGGUCCUCUGGGGCUCUGACUACAGCAAGCUGCAGGAGGUGGAGGUCCCUGAGGACUUCGGCCCUGUGCGCACCGUGGCAGAAGGCCGGGGGGACACGCUGUACGUGGGGACCACCCGCAACUCCAUCCUGCAGGGCUCCCUGCAUACCGGCUUCUCGCUGCUCGUGCAGGGCCAUGUGGAAGAGCUGUGGGGCCUGGCCACACACCCCACCCGUGCACAGUUUGUGACCUGCGGGCAGGAUAAGCUGGUGCAUCUGUGGAGCUCAGAGUCUCAUCAGCCACUGUGGAGCAGGCUCAUAGAGGACCCCGCGCGCUCAGCUGGCUUCCAUCCCAGUGGCUCUGUCCUAGCGGUGGGCACAGUGACUGGCAGAUGGCUGCUGCUGGACACCGAGACCCAUGACCUGGUGGCUAUCCAUACAGAUGGCAAUGAACAGAUCUCAGUGGUCAGCUUCUCCCCAGACGGGGCGUACCUGGCCGUGGGCUCCCACGACAACUUGGUGUACGUGUACACGGUGGACCAGGGCGGCCGCAAGGUCAGCCGCCUGGGCAAGUGCUCGGGACACUCCAGUUUUAUCACCCACCUGGACUGGGCCCAGGACAGCAGCUGCUUUGUUACCAACUCCGGAGACUACGAGAUUCUGUACUGGGACCCUGCCACCUGUAAGCAGAUCACCAAUGCAGACACCAUGAGGAAUGUGGAAUGGGACACAGCUACGUGUGUCCUAGGGUUUGGGGUGUUUGGGAUCUGGUCAGAGGGGGCUGAUGGCACUGACAUCAACGCCGUGGCCCGUUCCCAUGAUGGCAAGUUGCUGGCUUCGGCUGAUGACUUUGGCAAGGUCCACCUGUUCAACUACCCCUGCUGUCAGCCCCGAGCUCUCGGCCACAAAUAUGGUGGACACAGCAGCCAUGUGACGAAUGUGGCCUUCUUGUGGGAUGACAGCGUAGCCCUAACCACAGGGGGCAAGGACACCAGCGUGCUGCAGUGGCGGGUGGUGUGAACCCGGGGUCCCAGGGACAUGGGGCCGGGGUAGAAUCAGGUGGCAGGGCUGGGACUCUAAUUUUCGGGAGAUGUCUAUUGCCGAGUAGAAUAAUAUAUACCCAGAGUUCGUCUAUAGCAGAGGGGGUUAUGGGGGCGGGGGGUGAACUGACAGAAGUCUCUAUUUAUCGGGGUGGGAAGAGGGGUCACAGUGCUUUGCCGCCAUUGGUGUUUGGUUUGAGGUGUUUUUUUAAGUUUAUUCUUUUAUAUCAUCCAAAAAUAAAGAUACAUGCACU